AAUAUUUAGUAGUGGUAAUAGUUCAAUUAAAAAAAUCCUUAUAAGCCUUAUUUAUAUUAGUUCCAACUGAUCCCCGAUUUCAUCAUCUAUUAAAUCCAGAAAAAAAAUUCCAGAUCAGUGCUUCCUCCGGCAAAGCUAUCGUUUCUUUCUCAAAUUCUCACAAAAACCCUAAAUUCUCUCUUUCUCUGCCGCCUUCCCAGCUGGGUUCGCCGGUUCUCUUCCCUUCAUCUCUAUCAGAAAGAAAAAAAAAAUCCAGCGGGCAAAUUCCCUACUGGACGACCCUUCAUAGAGUUGGUUUCUAUGUGAUCGUGUAGGAAAUUUAAGGUGUUAGUAUGAAUAAAUUUUUGGAAUUUGGAAGAAAAGCCUUAUUUUAUGUGAGAGUUCUUUCUGGGUAUGAAGAACGUAGAAUCAGGAAUUUCAGAUUGCAGAUGGAGAACCGCAUCAAACAGGCAGAAGCAAAGAAGGCAGCCAUAAGAAAGAUACCAGAGCAGGUUAUUUUAUCAGAGGUUCGCCGAAUGGUUGAGGAGAUGCAAAAUUUGAAUAAGAAGCUAGAAGAAACAGAGGCUGCCAUUGAGGAUUACUUCAAGCCACUUGAUAAAGAGGCUGAGACAUUAAUGAAAGCGCAACUCGAAGGAGAAGAAAAAACAAUGAGGCAGAUGAUGACAGCCAUGCAGCAACAGGCUUUGCUCGAAAAAGCCGAGGCAGAGCAAAAUGCAAAGGUGCAUAAUGUAGACACGAAUAAUGCAAGCAACCAGGAAUCAGAAUCCUCUGGCCCUCCUGACCAAGCUCAGAUGAGAUGAUCUCAUGCAAUAUAUAAUAGAUUUAGAAUUCAAUUUUGUGAGAUUACUUGCCAACACUUAUUCUCAUUUAAUCAAUAGUGCUUUGUCAUGAGUUUGCUUGGUUCUCUUAAUAACCAAGUUAAAACUUGGUAAAAUACCGAGUCAGAUCAAUAAGAUUUUGUCUAUGCAAUUAUGAUAUCCUGUUUUGUCUGUAGAUUUAUUUCGCCCCCGUAUGAUAAAGUGAGAUUGUGAGGAACUUUUGGUGUGCUUGGGGGAGAUUUGGAAGAAAGGGGUUUGGUCUGGAGGGAAGGUGUGGUCUUACAAUUUUUUUGUGUUCUAUUAGGAGCUUCACAAUCUAAAAUUGUUUUACGAUUUAUUAAUUCCCAGUUAUGUAAACGCAUUAAUCCUCAAUCAAGUGCUUGUGAUGCGUGUUUGGUUUA